GGCUGGCUUCACUGUCAAUUCGAGAGCUGCGAAGAGUACGCUCGCGUCUGUUACGUAGUUGUGUUUAUAGUGAAGUGUAUAUUGUGAAGAAUUUCGAAUGUCGUGAGGUGAAAAGAUAGUGUUGUUUUUAUCAAGUGCAACUUGUGUUAUCAAUACGAUGUCUUUAGUGUUUUAGAAAGUGAUUUAAUCAAAAUGUGUAAAGCACCGUGGUGUGCAAAAUUGAUUUUUGCCACGUAGUGACGCGAACGGGUAAUGAUUCCUAAUGUGGAGGUCGAAGCAAGAUGGUUAGAGAGACUCGGCACCUGUGUGUUGGAAACUUACCCGAUAACAUACGAGAAGAUCGAAUAAGGGAGCAUUUUAAACGCUAUGGCCGAGUCCAGAAUGUCAAGUUAUUGGGUCGAUUGGAGAGUGCGAGUGCGAGUUCUAACGCGAGUGCUAGCGGUAUUUGUGCCACUGUUGCAUUUAUGGACAUCAAGUCUGCAUCGAAAGCACAUAACGUGGAGCACGUAUUGGACGAAAGAACUCUUACCACUGAGUAUUACGAGCCAGCCGCGAUACCAUCGACCGCGGGCGCGCCCUCUGCCGGCUCGUCUCCUGCCGGCUCCGGUUACUCAGGUUCUUCAUCCUCCGUGAAUUCCGCACCUGCUCCCGUCUCCACCUCGCGUUACCACCUCUCGACAGAGGACACCGCAGGUAACACGUGCGCAAUGGCAGCCACGGCGGCCGCGGCGGUCACGUGGCGGGGCACCAACGACAGCGCCACCGAGUACUGUCGCCGCGGCAACACCCCUGCGGCAUACGGCAGAACAACACCUCACCACAGAUGGUACGCGAGCGGCACGGCCGCGGCGGGUGCGGCGGGCGCGGCGGGAGCGGCGAGUGCGGCGAGCGCGGCGAGUGCUGGCAGCGGCAGCGGCGGCGCGGCGGGCGGUGAGAGCACGCCCAGCACGCCGGGCGGCGCGGCGGAGCGGCGGCGGCGUCUGUCGGGCUCCGGCUCGUCGCGCUCCGAGUCGUCCUCGCCAGAGCCCAGCGACACGUCGCGCGCCUCCACGCCCGCCGCGCACCACCACCCCGCCGCGCACCACGCAGCGCGCCGCACGCCGCCGCCGCAUCCGCACCAGUGGCCUUCGACGGCGAAUGGAAGACCUCUUGCGAUCUGCGUACGAAACUUGCCGACUAGAUCAACCGACAGUUCCCUUAAAGAUGGUCUAUACCAUGAAUACAAGAAACACGGGAAAGUGGUGUGGGUUAAGGUGGUCGGUCAGAACGCCGAUCGGUACGCGGUUGUCCGUUUUAAAAAGCCGUCCGAUGUAGAGAAGGCACUUGAAGUGUCUCAAGAUAAGCUUUUUUUUGGUUGCAAGAUCUCAGUGGCACCUCACCAAAGUUGCGAUGACGACGCGGAGUCAGCCAAACCUUAUGAGACUGAUAUUGAUGAAUACCAUCCAAAGGCUACGAGAACGUUGUUUAUUGGAAACUUGGAGAAGGAUGUAACACAACAGCAAUUGAGGGAUAAGUUUAAGCAUUUCGGACGGAUAAUAGAAAUCGAUAUAAAAAAGGGUAGCGGUGGCGGUGCGGGGUACGCCUUCUGCCAAUACGCGUCGAUAUCGAGCGUAGUGGAGGCCAUCCGCGCUAUGGACGGCGAGCACGUGGGCAGCUCGCGCGUCAAGCUGGGCUUCGGCAAGCCCGUGGCGACCACGUGCGUGUGGGUCGACGGGCUCACCGAGCACACGGAGAAGCAGGUGCUGGGCGCCGUGUCGCGCUGCGGCGCCGCCACGUCCGUGUGCGUCGACCGCGCGGCGGGCGCGGCGCUCGUGCACUUCGAGCAGGCGGCGGCGGCGGGCGGCGCGGUGCGCGAACUGCGGCGCGUGGCGGCGCAGCUGUCCGCCGCCGAGCCCGACCACCCGCGCCUCUGCGUCGACUACGCCUCGCGCGAGUGCCAGGAAGCGUUUUAUGAACAACUGGAAAAGCAUGGCGGGUCGGCAGCCCUUGCAGGCGCAGAGCGAGUGGUCGGCGAGACCUCGGGCCGGUACAUACCCUCCGCAAGGCACGAGACUCUGAGGUAUGAAACUGGCGCGUCGAGAUCACGGGCACCAAGCUUCGGUCGGAGUUCUUCGCGUACACCUCGAUACAAUUCCCAUGACCAUUAUGAUCCUGCCGAUUAUGCUGCUGAUAGAAGAUACAGGUUAUAUGAUGAACUAGGAUCCAGUCCCCAGACAGAUGAGGCAACAUAUGAAGAUCGUCUACAGUCGGUUGUUGUGUCACCGCAUCGUGCACACAAACACCGUAGAGAUUCAAGUCCAGAAGAUAGAAAGCACUCAAAAGAGCGGCAUCGGAGUGCUGGUGGUGGAUCAAGACGCUCGCGGUCAGGUUCACGAGGUCAUGUGUCGCGGCGGCGGCACCGCCGGCGGCGCGAUGGGUCUGGCUCGCGGACCUCACGUGCCGGCACUCCAUUAAGAGAUGAACCUGACGCUCCCCCUACAGAGCCACGUCGACCGCCGCGUGAUCGCCCACCUCUUCCUAUGAGCCUGCCUCUACCUAAAUUCGCCGUGCAAUUGCUACGUGCGGCGCCUGCACAGCCGCGCUCGCUGCCGGCCGCGCCAGCGUCGCCGCCGCGUCCACCUUCCGCCUCAUCCUCUAGCGGCGGUUCAGCGCCCCAUUCACCUUCACUUGAAGAACGCAUUCGCUCUCUUGACGAAAAGUACGAGCGCUGGAGUGGCUCUAGAGCGCAUGCAGAUGCUCCCGAUCGCUCCCGUCUGAGGCAUCGCCUCCUUGAACUCGACAUAAAUGAAGUAAAACCUUCAGAAGUAGUCCGCUCGUUGCUAGCCAAACGGUCCGUUUUCGACGAGGACUCUGAACGAUUAGAGGGUGCUCGCGCUCCAAGUCCGGGAGGAAGUCCGCGCUCUUUGACUGUUGCAGUUCCGCGGGUGUUACGAUACCCUUUUCCUGCCCAUUCCGGUUCGGUUACUGCGCCGGCUACUCCUUCUACCUCCACCGCAGCUCCCGGAACGCCUACUCGGCUACCAGAGCCUGAUGAAACAGAUCGCUUGUACCCUUCGCCGUUGGAAAGAUUACCGAAGCUUCCUGACAUUGAAACUUUAAACGAAACAAGAAUUGCAUUGAGAACACCUUCAAUAGACAAACAAGCUGACCUGCAAGAGAAAAAACAAUCUCCUUUAUUUGAUAAAGAGCAGUUUGAAAUAGAGGGAAAUAUUAUAAGGUCCGAAAACAAGAGUAGAAGAAACUCUUUAGUCGUAAAUUUUGAAGAGAUCAGAUCCCCUAAGAAUACCGAAAAUAUUACAUCCGAUCAAAAAUUAAUGGAACAGAAUACAAUAGAUAUAAACGAAAAGCACAAUUUGAAAGAUCGAGUAGUAGCUGAAGAUAAGCCAAUUACGAUAAAAAAGGAAAAUAGUCCAAAAGUAGAAGACCAAAAGGUUUUAAAAACCAGUGAUUCUAUAAUAAGUAAAUUCGAAAGAAAUUGUUUUCGAGACAACAUGAAAUUAUGCAGUCAAGAAAUUAAAGAAGCGAUCAAGCAAGAACUAGAAGGAAAUCUUGAAUUAACUCAAAAUGAAAUGUUUUUCUUUUCAAAAGAUUAUGAUUCAAAAUUGCAAACAAUUAUUCAAGAAGAUGUUAAACCAAAAUUUAACCAUGAAAAUAAAUUGCUUGAAUCAGGUUUUAGAGAAAAAAAAGAAAUUGAUAAACUAUUUCAAAACCACAUCAAUAAAGAAAUCAUAGCUUAUAAUGUACACUCCCUGAAUCACUUAAAUGUCACAAAUUGUUCAGAAUUACCUAGGAAGAUUAUAGAAGAGAAUCAAGAUUCAAAAUUGAAUGAAAAAAUUUGUAAGGAAAAAUGUGACGUCAACGGUCCAUUAUUUUUGCACGAUGAUAAAUUUGGCAAGGAAAAUAUAAAUUGUGAAAAGACUGUCGAUAAUUUUAAGGCACAAAACAAUGUCUUACAUGCUGUUGAAAAAACGGUUAGUAAUCCAAAAAACCACGACGAAAGUAACAGAAAAGAUUGCGAUAGAACAAAGCAUUCGAAAGAUCGAAGUGAUAAAGAUCACACAGAAAAGGAAAAGGUUCAGAACAAACAUUUUAAGCAUGAAAAAAAUGAAAAAGAGCGGAAGAAGGAAGAUAACCAUUUUAUCAAAUCCAAUUCAGAUAAAUUGGACAAGUUCAAAACAGAAAAACACCUAGAAACUGAAAAAUCCAUAGAAAAGGAUCGUGAGUCUGAUAAGUCUAGACACACUGAUGAUGCAAAAACUGUACGUCAUGAAAAUCAUAAAAAAGAUAAAUCUGAAAAAGAUAAAAAACGAGAUACCGAAACGGAAAGUUUGGUUAAAGGAUUGAAAAGAGAUGAUAAACACAAACACGAUCGAUCCAAGAAAGACAGUGACAUAAAACGAGACAGUAAAAGUGAUAAUUCUAAAAGCCGAAAGUCUUCUAGAGAUGAAUCUAGUAGAGACAUUUGUCGAAAAGAUUCUACUGACUCGAGUACAUCUAGAACAUCACACGAUUCAACCAAAUCUAGAGAUUAUGAAAAUACUGACAUGAAAGAAGAGUCUAAGAAUAAAGUAAGAAGUACUGGUGAAAUAUUAAUGAAAGAAGAGUCCAAGAAUAAAGUAAGAAGUACUGCUGAAAUAUUAAUGAAAGAAGAGUCUAAGAAUAAAGUAAGAAGUAAUGCUGAAAUAUUACAUAAACUUGAAACUGAUAAAGACUCAAUAAAAUUUAAUGAUCUUCCUAAAUUAGAGAGUAAAGUUUUAUUGGUAAAGUGUGAAAUAAAAGAAGAAAGGGAUUCAACACACAAUUUUAAAAAUAAAAUAGACGGCUAUUUAGAAAAUACAAUUAAAACUAAAUCUGAAGGACCUGAGAAACAACGUCACUAUUCCUUAGACUCACCUAAUCUCGAUUCUAAACGUAAAGAGCGGUUGAAUUCAUGCUCCAGCUUACCAUCUAAUAUCGGUCAUAAGCGAAGAAAGUCAUCACAAGAUAGUGUAGAUUGUUUAACAGAAUAUACCAAGAAAUGCAAAAGUGAACGACGCGACUCAAAAGAUUCAAGAAGCCUAGACCGUCAUAAAACGACAAAAUUUAAUAAGGGCCAUUUUGCAAAAAUUAUUGAAAGUAAAACUAAAGAUGAUAAGAAAAAUCAAGUGAAACCACCUGAUGAAAUAUUUUUGAACAUAAAAGACGAUGAAACAAAGGAAUCUUUAUCAGAAAGAAGUAAUAAGACCAUCAAAAAAGACUCACUGGACGACAGUGAAGAAAAACUAGAACUAUUAGGCAGGAGUCAACAAUCCGGAAAUUCAGAGUCGUCAUCGGAAUCUUUACACAAUAAUUUAGAUUUUCUAGCUACUUUAGAAUUGAGAUCGAGUGAAGAAGACGAAAGACAAAAAGCUCUGCGUAAAGAGAUGAAAGAGAAGAAACGUAUCCAGCAAUUACAACAAAUACAAGAACUACAAAUGCAACAAGAUGCUCUUCAGCAAGCUGAAUUAUGCAAUAAGUUGAAAGAUCAAGACAAAAAAUUUAAAAACGACGAAAAGAAAAAAGAGAGUAUGCGUGAGAAGAGAAUGUCUACGGAACGUAAGAGUAAGGACGAUAAAAAUGAUAAUUGUAAACGGCGAAAUCGUAAACAAGUUCCAAGCACAGAUAGUUCAGAUUCUGACGAGCCCAUGAAGAAACAUUCUAUAUUUGACAUCAUAGAUGAUGAACCAACAUAUAUUUCUAUGUACGAUAAAGUGAAAGCUAGAUCCUGCAAAAAUAUGCAAAAGCAGGAAGAAGAAAAACGACAAGAAAAAAUAAAAGCUAAAUUUAGUCAGUUAAAGCAAAGUAGAGCAAAACGUGAAGAAAAGAAAAGGUCUAGUUGGGAUGAGGACAGCGAUUCAGAAAAUGAACAGCAUAAAUCUCAUAAGGCUUCCAUGGGUAGUUCCACUGAUGACGAUCAAGUUGUAACACAUAGUAAAAAACGUGAAAAAUCCCAUGGGUCCAGUCUUGAGUACGAUGCCAUUCGAACAAAUGAUUAUUUUGAUGCAGUAAGUAAUGAAGAGGACUCACGUAAUAAACUGUCUCGUAAAAAUUCUAGAUCGCGCAUUGUGUCUGAUACGUCUGAUGAUGAUAAUACUAACAGAACUAUAACAAAGAGCCUAAAUUUUGUAAAUAAAAUUAAAAAAGAAAUAUUUUCAGACUCAGAAUCUUCUCAAAAAUGCAGGGAUACCGAUAUUCAUCUGAAAGAAUCUAGCGAUGAUAAGGUAAAGAAAACUUCUCUGCUGAAUUUAUUCGGGAAAAGUGACAGUGAAGACAAUAGAUUGAAAUCAAUUUUAGAAGUUGAAAACGAAUUCAGAAUGUCGUUUGCUAAAAGUUUUGCGAAUGAUAUAUCUUCUGAAAAUGAAUCCAUUCCACCAAAUAUACAUUCGUCUGAAAUUCGUAAAAAACACAAGAAAAAACACAAACAUAAGUUUUCUUUUUCCGAUGAAGAUACUAAAACUGAAAGUGGUCUUGAAGUUACACUGGAUAUGAGUAAACGUAAAAAUUUCGACAAAUUUCGUCGUCAUAGUAAUAAGAAAGAAAAAAGAAAAGAUAAAACUCGUGAAAGUGUCGACACGGAUGAACCACGGGAUGACAAAAUAAAAUAUAAGAAAGAUAAGAGAUCACCAAGCCAGUCAUAUGAUUUGAUUAUGGAUCCGACGUCCAAUAAUUAUAAAAAAGAAGGUAAAAUGGAAGACAUAUUUGGACCACUUUCAGAUGAGUCUGAUAGAGACACAGGUCAUAUUGCAACUCACAUGGACUAUCAUUAUGCUACAGGCGAUAAAUUAAAUGGUGAUGAUAUUAAAAUAAAAGAAGAUAUCAAACGUAAAAAAGAGAAGAGAAGGAAAGACAAAAGGCAUUUCAUCAAAGACGAUGACAACAGUUUAGAUGUCGAUGCGGUAAGUAAAGCAAUUGAAGCUCGUUUAUUUGCUGACACCUCAAAUAUGGAUGACAAUCGCUCAAAACUCGAAAAUAGUUCCGAUUGUUUUACUCAAAAAUUAAAUGCAGAACAUAAAUAUGGAGAUAUUAAUGUAAAUAGUCCCUUCAAUAAAUACUGUGUUAAAUAUAAAAAAGAUUCUCGAGAAAAAAAGAAGAAGAAAAAGAAAAAUCGGGAAGAUCGUCAAAGUCGUAAAGAACAUCACCAUGGAUAUCACCAUGAAAAAAUACAAAAACUUGAGGACUCUGAUUUCGACAACAAUAUUACGCCACAAAAGCUUGAUGAGUCUUACCUUGAUAAUAAUAUUACACUUUCGCCGAAAACAAUGUUACUUGACAUUCCAUUGCCUACUGAUACCCAAAAGCCAGACGUAGCAGAUAAAUCAGAUGAUGGUAAAUCACUCUCCGAAUCACCCAGCCUACCCAGAAUAACAGAUAGUCCUCCGUUUGCCAUAAAAACAGCGGAGACCAGUGUUGGAAAAAUGGAUGAUCAAGAUUCUCCUAACAAGUUAGAAAUAGACAAUGCAAUCGAAAUUGAUUACGAUAUGGUGAGAAAUAUUGAGGUUAACGACAUACCGAUGCCACCUCCUAUUGAUAACAUUGUGCAAGAUAUUAGUGAAGUACCACUACCUAAAGAUCCACCUCUUGAUACAGUAAAUUGUAAUUUAACGAGUGUAAGUAUUGACAUAGAAGUUGAUACCGACGUUAAGAUAAGUGAAGAUGCUGUUCGAAGUAUUCCUAAUGUAGAAAAUGAUAAUGUGGAUAAACAGACAGAUAAAAUAGUUGCUGAGUCUCAAUCUUGUAAAGUAGACAAAAAGACAGAGGAGAAACCUCGGGCCAUCAUUUCACAAGAAGAAACAGAGGAUGCUGUUGCCGCAUUAUUGGGCGAAAGUUUUGGCGGGAAAAUAAAUACAUUUGUUAACUGUUAUGAAGAAGUAGAAAGCAAUAAUACGCAUCAGAUAGCAAUUGAAAACACUACAAAUGAAAGCGAAAUUAUUCCUGAACAAGAUGCCGAAGAAAUGCGACAGGCAGUUCAAAAUUUAAAUGCCAGUGAAAUGGAAAUGAAACCUGAUACACCUGUAUCUGAUAAUGAUCUAUUACUCAUAGAUACUGACACCGAAGAAAAUGAAGAAACCAAUCAAGACGCAAUUGAAAAAUUGCCAGUAAAUAUAAUUGCAACAAAUCAAUCACUUAACAAUAAUAAUAUUAAAGUAAGCUUAGCGCAGGCAGAAAUUUCAAACAUAAUCGUUACAAAACCUAAAUCAACUAUUGUUCAGCCUAUUCAAAAAGAAUCUCAAGAUUUUAAUAAAACAGUAAAUGAAGUUGAAGUAAAACCAUCGGUGACGAAACAAGAAAUUAUUCACCAAAUCACGUCUACAGCAACUCCGGUCAUAACAUCUCCAAUUCGAUCUUGGACUUUAUCAAAUAGUAAACUAAUUGAACCUCAAACAAACAUACCCGUGAGUUCUAUGACCAACAAAGAACACAAUGAAACCAAGCCUACUCAUAUAACAGCAAAUAUAGUUCAGAUAAAAGGGCCGCAUACCCAAGGCGUACAAAUAGGUAGUUCCAUAAGGCCUAUAAUAAAUCCUACAAGAGUUGGUACCCCUUACCAAGUAAUAAACCAGAUAAUAAGGCCGCAAGUUUCAACUAUGCAACCGCCUACAAUAAAAAUACCAGAACCACAUAUAAUAUAUCAAAAACCACAAGGAAUAGUAAUUUCCCCAAGAAUUAGUAAUGAACCGAUGCUGUUAAGUCCUAAGACGAGCCCACGAACUGAAGGUAUGACGUCACCCCGUUUGACAAAUAUGACCAUCCUUGGGAGUUCGCCGCAAAAUAUUAAUUCUGUCGGAAUUGCUUCAUCAAAUACGUUACAGCAAAGGUCUCCAGGUCAAGUAACUGUAGUUCGGAUGCAGCAGCCGCCGUUAAGCCCUAUUCAGACUAUGCACAUAUCACCUGGUGCCAGAGCUAUGGUAUCUCCUAAUAGACCUAACUCAGUUUUAGUUCAAACACAAGGCUCUCCACUACAUUUCAAUAGAUUGCCUGUAACUCCAGUUCUCACACCUAUUUCCAAACAAUUAAAUGUUAAUAAUAUAAUUCAGCAGACUAAAUCAAGUUUAGGUAAUAAUACACAGUUAAUUCAUCAACCGAAGAUAAUAUCGGAUACCAGAAAACCUGAAAAUAUAAAUGAGAAUACAAAAAUAAUUUUAUCACCUACAAGAUUACAUCAAAGUACAAAUUCUACUAUAAUAGCACAAAAUCGACUUAUUUCCGUGCAGAAUCCUAUUCACGUCGGGAACAUUAAUUCUACUUUGCAGCUUUCCAAUAAAGUUUUACUAAACAGCAAGACUCAACUGCCAGAAAAGAGGGAUGUUUCCAUUAAUAAGACUGAACAAAGUUUGUUACCACCAAUUAUACAUGUCGCUACUCACGCUCCAUCUUCCAUUAUUCAAGGUAGCACUAAAUCAGUCGUAUGCAGUCUUCAAGAGGCUGUUAAUAGAGGAAAUGGGUCAAAUGUGAUUCAUACAAUCAAUUCACAGAGACUGCUUGCAACGAAUCCCAUUACAAACGUCAUCCAACUAGAUACUAAUAAAAGUACACCCUCUGUGUUAUCCAUGGCUACUGUAAGACCCACACAGUCCCUUGGCAAAUCUGAAUCUGCAAAUACUGUUGUAGUGACGACAACGAGCCUUGCAAAUGUAGUCAUGACUCCAUUGUUGCUUAACACAUCUACCACUCCAAAAGCUACCAUACGAUUACAUCCGAGAAGUGAGAGUGAACAUGAUACUCAUCCAUCUGUUCCUUUUUCCAAUCAUUGUCAGCCACAGCAUAAUGAUAUAAAUAUUGAAAAGAAAGAAUUAGAUAUUCAGAAACCAGUCCCUGUGUCAACGCCAGAUAAUGUUAAAUGUGAAACCGAUUUUGAAGAGCUAUUGAAAGAUAAUACAAAUGAAAUAAAAGUAACUAAUGACCCUGAAAAGAAAUUGGAAGUUAACGUUGGAAAAAAUUUAACAUUGAUUACUCCUGCUUACGAUCGGAGAAAAAGUACAGAUGAAAACACUAAGGUCGAGGAAAGUCAUAGCAAUAAAGAACUUACUACUAAAAAACAGUACAAUAGUACAGCGGACGAUGCAAUACUGAAAAUUAAUGAUACCGAAAUUACAACAUCAGCAAUCGUAGAGGUGAAAUCUACAAAUUUGGUAGAAAAUAUUUCUAAUAGUAGUAAUCUAGAAACAAAACGACAACAAAGUUCUGAUGUGAACUCUCAUGAUACAAAGGACAACAUUGACGACAGUAAAACUUCUGAAAAUAAUGAUAUUAUCUUAGCCACGAAAGAUGAUGAAAGUAACAACAAAUUUUUUAGCCUACUCUCAAGUCCAAAUAAAGGUAAUGAAAUAAAAAACUUAGAUGAAGGUGAUUUUUGGUCUGCUAAAGACGUGAACAUAGAAUCUGUUAUUAAGAAAGUCGAUUCUUUAUGUAAUGACAUCCCAGAUGAGAAAAAGGAAGAAAUCCAUAAAGUAAAUGGUUCUAAAACUAAGAAUACCUCAGAAGGAAUUUCAUCAGAGACGAAUCCACAAAUUGAUUUAUUUAUUGGAGCUAAAGAAGCCAUUAAAGAAGAUGCUUGUAGUACAGAUCUUCCAAAAGGAAUUCAGUCUCAGAGUGAAAAAUUUCAAGAAUGUAACGUAAUCGAAGAAACUGUGGUUGGAAAAACUACUAGUAAGAGGGGCGGUCGCAGUGGACGUGGUAAGAAAACAGAAAAGAAUCAAGACAGAGUUCAAACUCGUCAAAUAGCCAAACCUCAAAGGGGAUCUUCAAAGCGAGGUAGAGGCAGCAGAGCAAAAGUAGAUAAAAAAAUAAAAAAUUCGGUAACUAAUAAUUUAAAUAACAUGCCUGGAGAUGUUUAUGAUUUCCAUGAAGAUUCAGGGGACGAAACUGUAACAUCACCUAAUAAAACGGAAGUAAGACCCCGUUUAAUUCUGACCAUUAAAAGUCCACUUUCUGGUCACUCGAACGCCAUUGCAACAUCAACUCUAAGUAUAACGCCUAAAGAACAGAUAAAAAACACAGAAAAACAGAAGGAAGAAAAGAUGGAAGUGUUCGUAUCGCCCUCAGCGAAUACACGAAAAUCUAGACGCUUACAAGAAAAAGAUAUCCAACGUAGCACAUUCGACGACGUUAUUGACGAAGUGAUAAAGGGCUCAGCAACCCAAGCAAGAAAUAACAAAGAAACAAACAAAAAGAGAUCAACAAGACAGGCUGGCUUUAAGACGAACACCGAGAAGAAUAACACUUCGGGUGACAUUCGUAAAUCUCCCAGGGGCGUCAAGAGAACGAGGGACAGAAGCCUAUCGGACGCAUCGAUAGACAGCAGUGACGAUAAUUUCAAACGUGAGGAUGCAGUUAAGGAGCCGAAGCUCCCUAAGUUAGCAGAAUCUGUAGUUCCACCGAAGAGCGAAACCGAAACUAUCAUCAAGACGACCGCAGUCGCUCCGCCCGUCAUCACCGCUCCUCCGAGCAAUCCCACUCCUAUAAUGAAGCCACCCAAGAAAAUGAUAUCAGAAAUCGUCAAACUCACGGGGGUGUUCGAACCGGCCGCUAACGUGAGCAGGGUGGUGGUGUCCUCGCCGAGCGUUCCAGAUCGACCUCUGCCAACUGAACGUCCGUGCGAAGCAGAGCGAGCGCCGCCCCCUGCCGCUGAGACUUCGCCUCUGACGGCGGGCGAGGCCGGCGACGCGGGCUACGUGCGCCGGCUCGUGGACAACGUGCCUGCUAACAUGAUGCCGGUCGGCGCCACCGAGGCCACGGACGCGCGCGUGCAGUCGCCCGCGCUCCCGCACCGCCCGCCGUCCGCACAGCACCACGCGGACCGAUUCCUCACACUCUACGAUCCGCCCGUUGUCGUCAGGGGUGGCGAGGGAGACCACGGCGCAUACGCGGGGCCUGCCAGCCUGCCUCGCGGCGCUCACCAUCCACCGCUCUCCAAGCCGCCGGUGGCUGCCUUGGGUCCUCUCCCUAUAAACUCUGCCUCAAGAACUCCAGUUACCGACGAAGUACGCUUGAGUCGCACCAGCGUACCGGCGGGCAGCCCCCAAGGACCGAUCGCUUUGGGCGAUGGAAUGUAUCCUCAUUUUUCGCAUCACCAUUACCAAAUGUAUCAACAACACUUUCGAGCUACGCAGCACGAAAAUGUGGCAACACCAACAUUUUUACCAAGAGGUGCGUUGGAAGCGGAGGCGUCGGAGGCGCCGACGCCGCCGCCGCUGGAGCUGCGCCGCCCGCCGCCGGCGCGGGUGCCGCGCCCCGCACACUCGCCCUCGCCUCUCGACCGACACAUCUUGUACGCCGUGCGAUGCGGACGCUCGCCGCCGCCCGCGCACGGCACGUCGCGCCCGCCGUCCGCGCUGCCGCCGCCCGGCCCGCCCGGCCCGCCGCACGCCUCGCAGGUGCCGCGCGAGGCCGACUCGCUGCAGAUGCUGCUGAGGCGGUAUCCCGUCAUGUGGCAAGGGCUGCUGGCGCUGAAGAACGACUCUGCGGCGGUGCAGAUGCACUUUGUGGGCGGCAACCCCGCCGUCGCCGCCGACGCGCUGUCGCGCCACUCGGACGGCUCCGCCGCCUCGCUGCUGCGCAUCGCACAGCGCAUGCGCCUCGAGCCGGCGCAGCUCGACCAAGUGCACCGCAAAAUGAAGCUGGAAAACGAACACUGCAUCCUGCUGGCGCUGCCGUGCGGGCGCGACCACAUGGACGUGCUGCAGCAGUCCACCAACCUCACGGCGGGCUUCAUCACCUACCUGCAGCGCAAGCAGGCCGCCGGCAUCGUCAACGUGGCGCCCUCGCCCGGCCACCACCAGUCUAUAUACACGGUUCACAUAUUCCCGUCCUGCGACUUCGCCAACGAGAAUUUGAACCGCAUCGCGCCUGACCUCAUGCAUCGCGUCGCCAACAUCGCACACCUGCUCAUCGUCAUCGCCACCGCUCUUGGCUGAGCGCCAGAGCACGUGAGCGCUUGAGCACCUGAGCGCCUGAGCAAGUGAGCGAUUCUCGUAUUGCGCGCAUCGGAUUCGACGUCUUUCCUGUAUUGGAGCAACUCGACAUGUGACUCAUUGUUUACCCGAUAUUGACUGUUAGAAAAAUGUUUUUUAAAAAAAUGUAAAUAUAUCCAGGUUGUGAAAGUUAAUUUUUACUAUUAUCUAGGCUGCACCGGCGUCCGGCCGGCGCAGCCCCCUCGGAACGGUUCGCUAGUGGAGUGAGUGUCUCGGGAAUUGGUCGGACUACCUCGCGACAGGACGCUGUAGUGUAACGUUAGCGUAUUUAUUGUUACGGUCACCUAUUUAAGAGUUUAGCGUAAGACGUAGCUUUGUAAAGUACUUUUGUUACGGUCGACUGGGCUCGGCCUCGUUCGGAGUUUAAUUGUAAAGGCGAAAUGAGACGAUAGAGUAUGAUCGAUUUUGGGUUCUGAUUAGGUGAGCGGCGAUCUAUCGAGCAUUUUUAUUGUUAGUGUAAAUUGUUAUUUUGUUUUAAGCCUAGAAUCUAAACUAAUUUAAACAAUGUAAAUACCGAAUCUAUCCAUACUAAAAAUUCGAUUUACUCGCUUAGAUCAUUACGGUAGGUAAUGAAAGACUAUAACUUGGUCGAAUGUCGUUUUAUAGGAAACGGUUAUGAUGUAAAAGAACGAUUAAUCAUGAAGAGGAACUCAUAAAACGAUUAAUACACGUGGAAAAAAUAAACUGUGAUUCUGUCUUAUAAUGUAAGCUUAUAGGUAGUCUUAUAAAGCGUACUUGUACUUGAGCAACGGCGUGCGGUGCGCCUUUGUACGGAACAGGCGCGUUGCAACUGCGUUACGUUACGUUACGUUCCCAUUUAAUAUUAGGUCACGUUAGGAUAACUGAGAGAGACUGGCUUUAGUCUAGUGACAUUUGCUGCUUACGGCGUUUGUGUGUAACACGUCUUAGGUUAUACACACACCACCUGUUAAUCAUUUCAUUUUAAUAAAAAAGUAUAAUAGCGCUUUAUACCCUCGAUCACAGUAAACUACUGUUUAUGGAACUGAGUAUACACUGGAAAUGAAUAAGAUUGUGUACAUAUAGUCGUGGCGCUCUGUAACAGACGAACAUUUUGUAAAAAUAAAGAUAUAGUAUAAAUAACUAAAUUUUCUAAAGGCAAAUAAGUCCCCAGGAUAGUAUACGUUACAGGCACAGGCAAAACAAAUUGGGGUCUAUGAUAUAACAUUUGUAUAACAGGUUGCUUGAUCAGAAUACAUAAAUCUAAAUAUCAAAACAACACUAGAAGAAAUAUGUUUUUUUGUAUUUAUAUGCUAAAUAUUCCCAAUUUCAGUAAAGUUCUAUACAUAAAUGUUUAAUUUUGUGACGGAGCGCCAUUUAACUUUACUUUUGUAAAGGUCUGGUAAUUUCGUAACUUUCGGAUCCAUUUGACAGCUCCAAAUAAAUGUCAAAACUCUCAGUUUGACAACUAUAACAGAAUGAAUUUGCUAUCAAACAGAGACGAUCAAGUUACACAAUUGCCCCUCUGUUUUGGAAUCUUUACAAAUGUAAGUGCUUGUGUACUUAUAAUAUGUUUCCAAUGGACCUACUGUGAAUUGAAAUGAAUUCUAUUAGAGGGAUGCGCGCCGUUGCACACUUCUUCAACAUUUAGUGUUCUCAUUCCACGCGCCACCGCCUCAUGCUCUUCACGUCUUGCUACAAGGUAACUGUUGUUACUUUCGUUACAUGCUUUCUAAGUGACCGAUUUCCUUUGACAGGUAAAUUAUGAAAUCAUGGAAAAAAUAAUGGUAAUUUUUUUCAAUAACAGUUUUUUUAUUUUACACGACCGACUUGACGGAGAUGUGCCUUUACACAGCCAAUCAGCGGUCAGAAACGUCCCCACUCAAGAAUUUGUGUUUGGCACUCACCAAACACAAAUUCUUGGAACUCAAUUCAAGUAGUCGCAUUUGCAAAUUCAACCUUAAACUCAAUCCUUAAUGUUAAAUUUGCUGUGAAUUUGGGAUUUUAUUGAAUAUUGGACUAUAUUUAAAGGUCUUUAGGUAUAAUUUUCUUUACCAAUAAUUCUAAAACUGCCAAAGCAUAAUUGGCCAGUUUUUAAGUGCCGUUUUUCUACAUGAUUGUGCGUCCGUAUAACUCAAGCAAAUGUUUUUUCAAGAGACAUGCAAAAUAUUUUUGACAAUACUUUAAAGAACUUAAAUUUCCAGUCUACCUGGUUCGCUGCACUUUCUUUAGCAGGUACUAAUGCUCCCAUUUAAAUAGUGCAGUCAAAACACGACGCCGUCUCAUAAACUCACUAUUCGAUGUUGGCUAUUGAAGCAAAUCGCUCAUAUGGAAAUGACAUGUAACUAAAAAUAAAUAUUUUUCACAAACUAACAAUAUUGUACUUCUCAUAAGUGUUGCUUGUCUGCAUCGAGUUCAGCUAACGCUUCAGCGAUACAUAAUAACAACCCGGCGAUAUAUUCUCACUACUUGUACGUGUUUGGUUCGUCGUUCGCAUUGUGUGUUUAGAUAAUGGUGCGGCGGUUUCGUCGUACGAAAAACAAAGUACAAAAUAUUUUAUGUAUUGUAAUUUUAUAUGUACGAUAUAGAAAUAACAACACAGGUAACGUGUAUAUUCUUUUUAAGGAUUAAUAUAUGUAUAGGUGUAUAAAUGUUAUAAUAUUAUGUUUGGUCAUGUUUCCGUCGCAAACAAUUCUCGAUUUAGCGAGGAACACUAACGAACUGUCACUUCGUCCAUUAAUUUUAAAACAUAAUUUUAUUAGUGAAUGGAUGCCCGUAAUGUACACUUAUUUGAUUACCUUAUGAAGGGAGUCGAUGUAAAUAAGUCUUCAGUAAAAAUAGCGAUACAGUAUUUAGUCUUGAGAUAAAUUAAUAAUAGGCCAACGCAUGAGAAUUAAAAAAAGAAAUAUUUAUUACAUUUAUUACGGUCAAAUCGGUAUUUACUAUCUUUUCUUGGGGAUGUGAUUAUUUUUUGGCAAUAACAAAUAUUAAUAUAUAUCGCUAUAUUGUAAUAAGACAUUGCCAAUUAGUAAUUACAUCGUUUAUAACUUCUACGUCAAGAUGUCAAUUAAUAUGUAUUUAAAUGAAAACUUCCAAGUUCGAGGCGAGGAUAUUAAUUUUAAGUGUAUCGUAUUAUUUGUAUCCUUACGGUACUGCAGACUUAACAGGUAUCACGUUUGCGAGAAGUAUAAUAUAGUUUCGUUUGGUACAUCACAGUUAGUAUACGCGUCGCCGGCUCGUGGCUCGUGGCUCGCGGCUCGCGGCUCGCGGCUCGUGGCUCGUGGCUGUAGCAUGGGGUGGCGGCGCUCGGGCGCGCGCGUCGCGGCGGCCGCUGUUGUCCGUGUGCGAGUUGAUAGAGUUAACUAUAAUAUGUAAAAUUAACAUUUGAUCUCAAGUGUGCAGCAAAAGUGAACGUGAUGACUAGACUGUUAUAUUGCAACAGCGGCGACCGCGGGCGCCGCCUCCGUUUGGGUUAAUUAUAGUAAAAUAUAAGAAUAUAAAAAAUAUUGUGAUCAUAUUUCUACUAUAAGUUUAAAUUGCUAGGACAUAGAGGUAACUGUAUAUUUUGUACAUAUUGAAAAUAGUAUUGUAUCUUUACUUCCCUUUAUCCAAAAACCCAGACUCCUGCGUGUUAUGUACCUCCUACCUACCAAUACUAUUAAAAAAAAAUAAUACAUAAA